UUGCUCUGAAAGUCAAAAUCAGACUUCAUGCUAACAGAAAGAGACAAACAAAAAAAGCUACCCGUCAGAAACCUCUUUAAAAGUUUCUUUUCCACCUAUAUUCCAGUAAGCCUGUUUUAGAAAUGUUAAAGAGACCCCCUUAUGGCUGUACAGGCCCAAUACAACAGCACAUCUGGCUCUGAUCCUGUCAGUUACGAGGAAGGAUCAGGUCCGUUUGCGGUCAUUAUUAUUCCAAGCUUUCUGGCUCUCAGCACCCUGAUUGUUGUGUCUCAGAUAAUAUGGAGCUUCGUUACAAAAAAAUCAUCAGCUCAGGUUAUCGCAGGCUCAUCUUCAAGUGUAAACGAAGGGGAACCUGUACCCUUGGACACAGGCGCCGGGACCCUGCGGCCUACACAGGGAGCUCUGGCUCCAUGGGAGAUACCAGCUCUGUGCACCCUGGUGGGGGUGGAGCCGCUUCAGAUGGGACGUUAUGGGCCAAUCUGCACGGCUCACCUAAAACAAGACAACACAUCCACUGCUGUGGUGAUUAAAACUCUUAAAGACAGGUCAAAUCAAUCGGAGGCGACAGAAUUUGUGGAUUUUGGCCUCUUCCUUGCAGCAGUGAGCAAACACGAGAAUAUAGUGAAGAUGUUAUACUGUCAGACACGCCGGACGCCCAUGUAUCUGGUUUUGGAGGCAAGCUUUCCAGGAAACCUCCUGCAUUUCCUCUGGAGUCUUCGAGAAGACAGAUGUGGUGCAGGUGAUAACUUCCAAGUGUUUUCAGAGAUGUCUGUAUAUCUAGCAGCUAAACAGGUCGCAGCAGGUCUGGACUACAUACACUCCUACCACAGAAUUAUCCAUGGGGAUGUUGCAGCCCGGAACAUGUUGAUUGGUUCAGGGCUCUCUGUCAAAGUGUCCGGAUUGGAUUGGGCUUUUAAGAGCCGCCAGUUGAGGAUGGUGGACAAGGAACAAGAAGUCAAUGUGCCUGUAAAAUGGCAGGCGCCAGAACGGAUGAUGAGGCUUCCCAUAACAGACAGGAGUGAUGUAUGGUCUUUUGGAAUCCUGCUUUAUGAGAUGAUAACCCUGGGAUCUCCUCCCUAUCCUGACCUGGAUCCGUCUGAAGUGCUGCCCAAAACUUUAGCCCAUUACCGGAUGAAAAGACCAGAAAACUGUGGAGCCCCAUUAUAUGACUUAAUAAAGUACUGCUGCAUGUGGAACUUCAAGGACAGGCCUGUGUACUCUGCCAUUAUUCGGCUUCUAGACUCAUACAAGUAUCUCGCUGACACAAAACCGCUUCGCUCUGAACAACAAAUGGACAUCUGCGAGUACAGGAGGAUAGCAGGACUGCCUCAAUGUCAAUGAGAUCUACACAUUCAGAGGACUUCCAAUUUAUCAUUUCUGCACUGCGUACAAAUAGCACAAUAGAUUCAGUUCCAUUUAAGACUGACGUCCAUUUCAGCUAGUUUGUAGUCUAGUCUAGCCAUUGCAUGCAGAGCGUCACUAGAUGUCGCCCUAUUUCUUUUCAAAUAUGAAAGUAAACGAGGAUAAAUGAGGCUAAACAUUAUUGCUAAUGUAAAAUCAGAAAGUACUUUCUGAAUCUUCGUCCUUUUAAUUUCUAUUUUUUUAUUAAAGGGAUGACUAAUGCCACUUUAUUUGUCUAAUGGGACGUUACGACAGUUUUAUUGUUUUAGUAACGGUCUCAAGGACUAUUAAAAGAGAAACGAGCCAGUAUAGGUGUACUUAUUAGCCUACUUAAUGUUUUAAAAUAUUAUUUUUCACUUUAAGUUCACUACAGUAUUAAAAGACCUGAGUAUUUUUUUUUCUAGCUGUCUCUGGUUUCAGUGCGUCACCUUCUUCAUCUAGAAGUUCUUUUCUUUUGAACACGAUACAACAAUUUUCAUGUGACUGCCUAUUUUUGAAUAAAAGUGUCUGCUUAAUUUAUACAUGUACAUGUUUUGACAAUUCAAGUGAGAUUUUACCAUUAAAAUUACUUUUUUUUCUGUCACAGGACAUCAUUUUAAACGAAUGUGUUUAACUUAAUUUUAUUGAGUAGUAAACAUUUCUAUUUACUGCUUUUUGCUGUUGCACAGCAUUGAAUGUACUGCAGUAUUUUAAUGGAAAUAGCAUGGUACAAGGGUGUACCAUCCAAAUCCUUCACAGACAGACCUUUAAAAAACACAAAGACAUUUUCUUUUUAACAUCAACUAAAUUUUAAUAAAAAGUAACCACAAGUGGUGCACAAAACACAAAUUAAUGCCUCAAUACUGUUAUGUUGCAGGGUAACAAUCUCCCAUUGAACCUGUGAACAGAACAGCAAAUCCAAUGGAAGAUCACUUGCUAAACAAGUAAUUACUGAUUAAUGAGUCAGAAAGCAGGGCCCCUUAAAACAGAGGCCAAUUGAUACGGAUCAACUCAUUUAUCAAAAUUAAACCAACUGCCACAUUCUUCCUAUUCAAGGAAUUGAUUUUAAAAGGCCUAGCUAAUAUUAUAUGGGACAUAAAGUGUUGAUCAAAGUCCAGGCACCAGAUAAACUACAUGAAACCACUACCUUAUUCAUACUGUAGUGUUUUUAAUUUUUGUUUAUUUUUUUUUACAUGAAAUGACACAGAUCAUAUGCAUAAAAUUCCCUUUUGGUAUUUAUUUAAAAAAGGGCAAAGUAAUCAGAAUAAAGAAAGCGGAAAAUAUGAUUAUGAUUAAGAGUCGAGUUGUCUUUUCCGGAUCAGUCUCUUAAACAAUAACCAAAAUUAAAAAUAAUAAUAAUAAGCAUAAUUCUACAAGUAUAAAUUCCACAGCAAAUUUGACAAUCUCUACUCUGCUUCUUGCCUUUUCAGAUUUAAAUCCGUCAGGCUGAACAGUGCAACAAACACCACACAUAGUGUAUUAGAGACCAUCUACUGUAUCUGUGUCAACAUGACCUUCGAAACACAUGACAAUAUGUGUGAAGCAGAGGCAAAGAGCAUUUCUCACCCUUAGCGAUGAAACAA